AACUUAGCGCACAUUAAAUCAUAAUUUAAAGAUGAAAACCUGGGGACUCAUUAUGAGACUUCAAAUCCUUAAAAAGGAAAGAUAAGUGCCAAGAUUUAUGCAAAAUAUCCUGUCAGCAAGCAAAACUAAGGUCUGGCCAGACUUUUCAACAGCGGAAAAGACUUGUGGAAUUUUUUUUAGAGAGGCUGUAGGAAGACACCAUGGAAGCAGGAAACAAGCUUGUGAACAGCAAGGAGUUUUUCAGCAGGGAAGAUCUCAAGGGUCUUCUGGGGUGGAAGUUGCAAACCGGUUUUCUUGAAAUUACAUGUGGGUGCACCAGCACCAUGGGAUUCGGAGAUUUUGUAGGCUCACUCCGGAUUACCCAACAAGGAGAAUUAAGCGUGGUGUGUAACUGUUUGCCAGGGGCAUGCAAAAAGGGUCCCAUGCCCCCAAUCAUCUUCCAGAAGCACGCCCACAAUGAUCACAAGACAUGGAAGGAUUCAAUUUGGGUCACCCAGAUUUUCCAAACCUCCAAAUACACUGUAAAAGUGCCGCUCUGCAAUACAGUCCUGCUUCGUUACUACUAUGCCAAUCGCAGAGUCCACCAUGUUAAUUUCCACCGUGACGAAUUCCUCCGCUGCUCCGCCUGCGGAAAAGAGCGGCGGUUCAAACUCCGCAGCAAACAAGAAUGCGGCGCUUAUUGUUGUGCUGUGAAGAACCCUAAUUGGGUUUGCGCAGAUUUUGUUCAGAGUGAAUUGAAUUGUGAGAUGGAAGAGGAAAGGGCGAGCCGCAAAGUGUUCAGGGGAUGCCCCAAACUUAUCAACUGUGAGGGCUGUUUGUCUUGUGUUUGCACAGGAUGUGAUCUAUGUAUGCCCGCCUGACUGGUUUUUGCACAAAUUUACUCUUCUUCUUCUUCCUCUUCUUCUUCUUGUUGCAAUGGCUAAGAAUGGAAAUCUUUGUAAUUGUAUUCCUGUUAAAACUUGAAAGCAAUGGAUUGAAAUUGUAAUGGUGAAUUUACUGUGCAAUGUCAAAGUAUGUGCCGUGUGGGAUUCAA